UGGGGCGAGCGAGCGGACGGGCGUGGGAAUCUCGGAGACCGCGGCGCGAGCGGGUUGCGGCGAGUAUGGCGCUGUGGGUUCGCUCCGCUGGUCGCGCUCUCAGGCUCUGGGGCCGGGGCGGUGAGCCGGCCUGGGCCUGCCGCCAUCGUGUUGCAGGUGGGAGCAGGCCCACACCUUCCUCUGCUGGGGCCUCAAGCGCCUUUGGGAGCGGAGGUGGCGGUGAGGAGGAGAAGCCCUUCCUAAAGGACGUCGCAGAGCUGAUCCGCACCCAGGCCGGCCAGAGGGUGGUGGUCAUGGCGGGGGCCGGCAUCAGCACGGCCAGCGGCAUCCCGGACUUCAGGUCCCCGGGCUCCGGCCUCUACAGCACCUUGCGGCACUGGGAUGUCCCGUACCCAGAGGCCAUUUUCGAGCUCCCGUUCUUCUUGGCCAACCCCAGGCCCUUUUUCGCGUGGGCCAAGAACAUGCACCCCAGGAACUUCAGGCCCAACGUCAUCCACUACUUCCUGCGCCUGCUCCACGACAGAGGGCUGCUGCGGCGGCUCUACACGCAGAACAUCGACGGCCUGGAGAGCGCCUCGGGCAUCCCCGGCUCCAAGCUGGUCGAAGCUCACGGGUCCUUUGCCUCUGCCACCUGCACCUGCUGCGGAAAAGCCUCCCCGGAGCAGGACUUCUGGGCCGCUGUGAUGGCGGACAGAGUCCCCCGCUGCGCGGUCUGCGCGGGCUUGGUGAAGCCCGACAUCGUGUUCUUCGGGGAGACGCUGCCCGAGAGGUUCUUCCUGCACGUGGUGGACUUCCCCGCCGCGGAGCUGCUGCUGGUCCUCGGGACCUCGCUGAAGGUGGAGCCUUUCGCCAGCCUGUCCGAGGCCGUGCGGAGCUCAGUGCCCCGAGUGCUCAUGAACGGGGAGGCGGUGGAGUCCUGGCGCCCCCGGAGCAGGGAUGUGGUGCAGCUCGGGGACCUGGUGGACAGCGUGGAACGGCUGGUGGAGCUGCUGGGCUGGACGGAAGAGAUGCGGGACCUGGUCCAGCGGGAGACGGCGAAGCUCAGCAGACCGGACAGAUAGAGGGGCGGCCACCUGGAGUCGCCGCCCACUUCUGAACAGACCUCACGCCUGAGGAGCAGCCUGGGCAGGUCUGCCAACUCCGGCUAAGCCAGGGCGCAGGGCUGCCGCAGGCUCACUGUGCACCGCCCUCUCGGCUCUCUUCCCUCUGCUGGGCGCUCGGUGCCGACGGCUUGUCUGGACCGUGGCCCUGGUGUGCGGACCGCGCCCACUCACUCACUGGGCCCCGGGCUGCACCGAGGGGCAGGCUGGGCCCCGCCGUGGGACCCCCCAGGCCGAGUGGGCUGGGUCCCGGGGGCUGCCCCGGGCUCCGGGGUGCCCCUUUCCCCAGCAGGGCCACUCCAGUCUGUCCUUCACCACUCCAGUCUGUCCUGCGCCACCGAAGUGACCUUUGCUGUGGGAGUGGGGCGCCCCUCACAGGGGAUGUGGGUGCUGACAGCUGCGGAAAGGGCACCCCGGGGUGCGGGGACAGGUGUCCCUGACUCCCCCUCACGGAACAUCCCCACAUCCCGUGUGCCUGACGCUUUCCUUUGACAUUUGCCCCCCCACACCUGCUCCAGGCCCUCCCCACCAGGCCUGCCAGGAGCACAGCUCGGAGGGACCCCCAGGGUGUGGGCGGCCCAGGGCUGCCGGGCCCGCGGUGGGCUGGCUCACUGCUCCCUCUGCGGGGGCACUCCCCCAGCCACCCUGAGCCUGGGCUCCCACCUUCCAAGGCCAAGACCCCGGUGGGGAGCUCUCUGGGCAUCGCGGGCAGGGCCUCAGACAGCUCUGGGGGUCUCGCUCCUCAAAAGGGGGGACACGAGCGGUGACAGGGAGCAAGCUGGGCAGUGCGAGGACAGGCCGGGCUGGCCAGUCCGGCGUCUGCCGUGAGCCGAGACACGCUCUCCACUCUCACCAGUAGCUUUAUUGACUCGGACGUGCUGAGUCUGCGGGCCGGCUCUCACUGCGGGCUUCUCGUGGGCGGGGCCCAGGGGCGCUGCUGGACACCCACCCCGGCCCAGGACGGCCCCCAGCACAAGCACAGAACGAUGUGACCCAUGUCGGCAGCACCAGGAGACUCUGAAACCAGUUUGGACACGUCCGACCAGGCACAGCACCUUCUCCCUGCAAACCCUCUGUUUCAGCUGUGUUUUUACCUUUCUUGAAAUAGUAAAGCACGAUGCGACAAAAA